AUGUCGACCAGCACCGAAAUCCCGCAGUACCAGAACAUCCUGACAUCCCAGCCCGCGGAUGGCGUCGCGCUCAUCACGCUCAACCGCCCAAAGGCGCUCAACGCGCUCUCCUCGCCGCUCUUCGAGGAGCUCAACGAUGCGCUCAAACGAUUCGACAGCGACAACAACGUGCGCGCGCUCGUGCUGACGGGCAGCGAGAAGGCGUUCGCAGCGGGCGCGGAUAUCAAGGAGAUGAAGGACAAGGAGUACUCUGAUGUGUUCAAGAACAGGUUCCUCGAGAACUGGUCGCUCCUGACCCAGAUCCGCAAGCCCAUCAUCGCUGCCGUCAGUGGUUACGCGCUCGGUGGAGGCUGCGAGCUCGCCAUGAUGUGCGAUAUCAUCCUCGCCUCCCCCACCGCCGUCUUCGGCCAGCCCGAAAUCGACCUCGGCGUCAUCCCCGGCGGCGGCGGAACCCAGCGCCUCGCACGCACGAUCGGUAAAUCGCGCACGAUGGAGAUCGUCCUCACCGGGCGCAAGUUCACCGGAGCCGAGGCCGCCGCCUGGGGGCUCGUCUCGCGCGUGUCAGACAACGUGCUCGAGGACGCGAUCGCGGUGGCCACCGCGAUCGCGAGCAAGAGCGGGGUCGCGGUGCAGGCGGGCAAGGAGGCGGUGAAUGUGGCGUAUGAGAGCACGCUCUCCGAGGGGUUGCGCUUUGAGCGCCGGAUCUUCCAUGGGCUGUUUGCGACGGUGGAUCAGAAGGAGGGUAUGGCGGCGUUCGUCGAGAAGCGUAAAGCGGCCUGGCAGCAUUUGUGA